AUGUUUCCCUUCGACCCAAAUGUCAUGCCAACGUUGCCUACCCGCAAGGGCCUGUUGGUCAUCGACUUCCAGAACGACUUCCUUGCCGCCGACGGCGCUCUCCCCGUUGCUGAGCCUGAUGCAUUAGUUUCGCGCACCCUCGACCUCGUCAAGGCUUUUCGAAAGACUGGCGAAAUCAUCUGGGUACACACCGAAUUUGAAAAGCACCGUCCCUCUUCCGCGGAACAGAUCCUGGCUACCGAUGUCAUGCCCAAGCCCACCAUUUUGACAUCUCGCUACCGCCGCCGACCCGCCGUCCAACAAGAGUCUGAAGAGCCAGAUACGGACCGCGAUCACGAGGCUUUUCUCAGCCAGCCCGGCCCCCCCGUCGUUCGCCCUUCCACCUCAGGUGCCCAAUUCCCAGCUGCCGUCAAAGACGCCAUCGCACCCCGCGAUAUCAAGUUCCUCAAGUCUCAUUAUUCUGCCUUCAAGUCGGGCCAGCUGUUGCAGAUGCUGCGCUUCAAGUUCGUCACCGAGCUCUUUCUCUGUGGUUCCCUCGCCAACGUUGGUGUGCAUGCCACUGCCGUCGAUGCUGUCAAGUACGGCUAUUCCAUCACUCUCGUCGAGGAUUGCUGUGGUUUCAUAUCCGAACUUCGCCUAAGUAAUACUAUGCGAAGUCUCGUUGAUCUAACCGGCUGUGAUGUACUUGAAGGCACAGCCGUCGUCGAGAAACUGCAAGCCAAGAAAAGCCCGGCUUCGGCCGCUUCCAGUUCUUCCUCGCCUGUUGUACCAAGAAGGCUCAUAGAAACCGCCGACGAUGGAAUUCUGGUGGCCAGUGACGCUUCAACUCCAAAAUCCCAGUCCCUCGAGGAAAAGCUGGCCGGGCUCAAACUCGAAAACGACGUCGGUAGACCUUCUCCAGCCUCGAGGCCUGCAAGGUCCGCAAGGUAUCGGUACCCGGAUGACUCAGAGUGUGCAACCAUCUCCGAUAUGUUGGAAGUCGACCCGGAUGCACAGCCAUCAUCAGCAGCACCAAUCAUCAGGACUGGAACCAUGAGCAGCGAAGAAGUCGACAACGAAGACGCCCUGAAGGUCUCGGAACCUCUCUGUGAGGGAGACACCACUGUCAUCCACAACAUCAUCCCCGAGCCUCUGGCUGAAGGCAUCUUUGAGAAAGUCAGAGAUGAAGUCAGCUGGCAGAGAAUGUCGCACCAAGGCGGCGAAGUCCCUCGUCUAGUCGCCGUUCAGGGGGAAGUGGCUGGCGAUGGCAGCAUGCCAGUUUACCGUCAUCCAUCUGACGAAUCGCCCCCUCUUCUGUUCUUUUCGCCAACAGUGCGCGAAAUCAAGACCGAGGUCGAGAAACAGCUCGGCCAUCCGCUGAACCACGCCCUGAUUCAGUUCUAUCGUGGUGGCACCGACUACAUCUCCGAGCACAGUGAUAAGACCCUGGAUAUUGUCAAGGGAUCUUACAUCGCCAACGUCAGCCUUGGGGCGGAACGAACGAUGGUGUUCAGGACUAAAAGACGGGACAAGGACCCGUCUAGUACUGAGUCACCAUCCGGAGAAGACUCAAAGAAGCGCCAAAUCGCCCGCGCAAAGCUGCCACACAACUCUCUGUGCCGCAUGGGCCUGAAGACCAACAUGCGCUGGUUGCACGCCAUCAGGCAGGACAAGAGGAUGGAGCGCGACAAGACUCCUGCUGAACUGGCCUUCUCAGGCGGCCGCAUCUCCCUCACCUUCCGACAGAUUGGCACCUUUUUGGAUCGCGAUAGUACAGUGAUCUGGGGCCAAGGAGCGACAUGCAAGGCCCGAGAUGAGGCCAAGCCCGUUAUCAAUGGGCAAAGCCCUGAGGCGGUGGAAAUGCUGCACGCUUUUGGCACGGAGAACCAUUCUACCACGUUCGAUUGGGACCGGCACUACGGUAAGGGGUUCGACGUUCUUCACAUGAACCAUUCACCUCGACUCUGCGUCUCAGCUGAUUCCGUCGUCAAUACACGCAUCGCCCUGAUGCUAGCCGAGUAUGGAAUUUCUUACGCAAAGGGCAGCAUGUCUUCGUCCUUCAACUGGAAAGAUGGCGAAGGUGUAAACAACACCUCUACGAUCCCUGAAAGCCCGCCGAUCAGAUUCAUCGACAACGACGCCGUCAAGUCCACGGUACAGGGCGAGCUGGCAAUCAUGUUGUACCUUGACGGCAUCUAUGGCUCAGCAAGAGCAGAAGCCGCUGGCAAGUCGCACUCAGACCUGGCGAGGAUUCUGACCCGUUUCCAGCAAGGACUCGCAUUGCUCGAAAAAUGGCGCCAACUCGAGCGAGACGACGAAGGCAAGCGUGACCUGAAACUCCUAAACAAAGAGCUGGCUAUCUGGGGAGGCUACUCCGGAGAGUCGGAGUUUAUUGCGGGAGAGAGGGUUUCUUUGGCCGACUUCGCCGUUUGGCCAGUGCUUCACACCAUUGUGGAGAAGUAUGGUGCUGAGGCACUCGUCGCGACUGGAAAGUUGAAGGAGUAUUACGAGAGGUUCAAGAGCAGAGACUCGACUACCAAAAUGCUGGGAACAGACCGGCCGGAGGGCCCAAGCACGCCUUGA